CAUCAAUGAUGCCAUGUCCCACUACCAUCAAUAGAUCAGUUUUCUUCAAGGAAAAAAAAAAAAAAUUGACCGAGCACAAAAAAGAAAAGUAAACGUGUGACUUGAAGGCAUUGCGCACCCGACUCCCAACAAAAGGAAAAGAUGCUUGGGCCCUUGUCUAGCUGUCUUCCACUAAGGAUUUGAGCAAGUAAAAUGAUAAUAACGGUGAUAAAAGAGAAUCCAAAGAAAUUAAACAAGUCUUUGAUCAAACUUUUCUCUGUAGUUUCAAUCAGUCACGAAAAUUUCAAGCACAACUUCUCAAUAUUUAAUUUUCAAUUUCCAAGUUGAUCCAUCAACAAUUUUUCUCUUCUACUUCACAAUUGGCUCUCAAAGUAAUUAAGAUCAUCAAAGAAUGGCUGCUGAAUUUGCUGCCUCUGGUGCUGCCAAUGCUGUAGGAAACCUCGCAACAGAAUAUGCAUCACCUUAUGUUGGUUACUUUUUUCGAUUUGGGAAAAUUGUUGAAGAAUUCAAGAAUAGGAGAAAAGAACUUGAAUUGAAAAGUGAUCGGGUAAAAAAUGAUGUCGAAGAGGCUAGAAGGCAAAAUGAGGUAAUUGAGAAGGAUGUCCAAGACUGGCAACAAAGGGCAGAGACAGAACUGAAAGAAACCCAGAGUUUGGAAGCUGAAAUAGAACGUAAGAAGUGUUUCAAUUGGUGUCCAAGUUGGGGUUGGCGAUACUGCUUAAGUAAGAAAGUGGCAAAGAAGACGAUUUCUAUCAAUAAACUUCUUGAGAGUUGUAACUUUCCAAGGGUGGGCCACCUUGCUCCUCUUCAGGGGAUAGAAUUCUUCCCCUCUAAAGAUUUCAUGCCUAAUGAGUCUUCAAAGUUUACUUUCAAUGAGAUCAUCAAGGCUCUAAAUACCGAUGGUGUGAACAUGAUUGGAUUGUAUGGAAUGCCAGGGGUGGGCAAAACAACUUUGGCAAAAGAAGUUGGGAAGCAUGCUAAAGAGCAAAAUCUCUUUCACAAAGUUGUGAUGGCUACAAUGUCCCAAACGCCAAACAUCAACAAAAUUCAAGAUAAAUUUGCAGAAUUAUUAGGUUUGAAAUUUAAAGCAAGCACGGAAGAAGGAAAAGCAGAAGAGUUACGGCUGAGAUUGCUAGGCGUGAACAAGAUCCUCAUAAUUAUUGAUGAUGUUUGGGAUGAUUUUAAAUUGCGGACUAUAGGUAUUCCAUUCGGUGUUGAACACGAGGGUUGCAAAAUUCUUCUGACUACACGUGAUCCACAAGUCUGUGUUCGAAUGGAUUGUCAACAGAUAUUUAAACUCAACAUCUUAUCCAAAUGUGAAGCAUGGGCUCUGUUCAAAGAUACUGCUCGUCUAAAAGAUGUUUCUUCGAGAUUGAAUGAUGUAGCCAAGGAGGUUGCUAGUGAAUGCAAGGGUUUGCCUCUUGCAAUUGUAACAAUCGGAAAAGCUUUAAAAGGUGCAAAUCUAGAUGGGUGGCAAGCAGCAAAUAAGCGACUCAAGGACUCAAGACAUUUAGACAAUGAAGAGGUUUCUCAAGACAUCUACAACUGCCUUAAGCUGAGUUAUGAUUAUUUGAAGGGAGAUAAUAUUCGAACAUGUUUCUUGCUGUGUUCCCUUUUUCCAGAAGAUUGGGAUAUUGAGAUUGAGGAGUUGAUUAUGUUUGCAAUUGGUUAUGGAUUAUUUUCUAAUAUUAACUUAAUUGAAGACUUGCGGAGAGAAAUUCGUGAAGCACUAAGAAAACUCCAAGAUUCUGGUUUGUUACUGAGAAAUGAUGAUGAUGAAAGAUAUGUAAGAAUGCAUGACGUGGUUCGUGAUUUUGCUCAUUGGAUUACAUCUACAGGGAAAAAUAUAUUCAUGGUAAAAGAGGGGUUGAUGGAAUGGCCUCUAAGAGAAAGUUGUGGAUCUCAUACAGCAAUCUCCUUUUGGAACAGCAACAUAAAUAUUUUUCCUGAAAAAUUAAAAUUUCCAAAACUCAAAAUUUUGAUUUUUACAGGAAAGAUUUUAGUGAAAGAUCCAAUUGCAUUUGUUGAAGGAAUGAAAGCCCUCCAAGUUUUGCAUCUCAAAAAUGUCAUUUUCUCAAUAGAAGUACUUAAAUUGAUAACAAAUCUUCGAACUCUGUGCCUUGUAGAAUGCGAGUUGGAGAAUAUCUCAUCAUUGGCAAAUAUGAAAAACCUUGAGAUUCUUGCCUUUUCUGAUACUAAUAUUUAUGAGGUACCUGAAGAAUUAGUGGCACUGCGUAAAUUGAAAUCGCUACAUUUUUCUCACUCUAGAGGCAAAAAGUUAAAUUUUCCCCCUACUUUGCUAUCAAGGUUGACAUCGCUCCGAGAGCUACACGUGACAUGUGAAAACAAUGUUAACUUACUGGAGUUGAAUUCAUUGUCUCGUUUGACUGGGCUGUCACUGAGAGUUUCUACAGCUCAAUGUUUUCCAGAAAACCUUGUGUUCCCUAAACUACAAAGCUACAAUAUAGCUGUAAAUGAAGAUCUUCGAUUUAUGCAGGAGCUUAACUCUAGAACCUUGGAAAUUACUGAAUUCUCAUCUUCAUUAAGUGCAUUCGAGAAGUUGCUUUGCAGUGUGGAAAAGUUGGCUUUGAAGAAUGUUAUGGGACACAAAAAUAUUGUCCCAAACAUAGAUCCAAAGUGCGUAGGUGAAUUAACUUCUCUUUGGCUUCAAAAGUGCGAUGAUAUGGAAUGCUUGGUGGACACAACAGGAGAGAAGGGACCAACUGCAUUCUCUAAUUUGGUGAAAUUAAGAAUGAUGGAAAUGGCUUGUUUGAAAGAGUUGUGCCAUGGUCCGCCUCCGAUUAGCUUCUUACAAAAGUUAAAAGAUGUGACCAUUGAAUAUUGUACGAGGUUGAAAGUGGUAUUUGAAAUGGAUGGUCUUCUUGAAAAGGAAGAAAUUAGUCAGACGCUGCUACUCUCAAAUUUAACAAGCUUGAAUCUAUCGUCUUUACCAGAAUUGGAGAGUAUAUGGAAAUCACAAUCAACCCAUCAAUAUCAUGCAAGCCUCCGAAGUCUGAAGGUUGUAAACAUUUCGUGGUGUGAUGAAUUGAAAGCGAUCUUCCCGCCUUGCCUUGCUCAAAGUUUGUUGCAUCUACAAGAACUUGAAAUAUUUGAGUGCGAUAGAUUAGAACAAGUCUUUGAUUUUCCCCAAGAAGUGGGAGAGCUUGAGGUACGACCACUCUCUAAUUUAACUUCUUUGGAGCUAACCUCAUUACCAGAAUUGAAGUGGAUAUGGAAAGGGCCCACCCAUCUUGUUAACCUCCAAAGUCUUAAGACUAUGAGAAUAUGGGAAUGUGCGAAACUGGCAUAUCUCUUUUCGACUCCCCUUGCUCAAAGUUUGGAGCAUCUAGAAGAACUCGAAAUAAAAGAUUGCGGCUUUUUGGAACAUGUAAUCUUCGGAGAAGCAGAAAAUGAGGAUCAAAUAGUUUCAAACGUGGAUGGCUAUCCUUUCCGCUGGCCUAAGUUGAGAACUCUCAAGAUAAUUAAUUGCGGAAGAUUGAAUUAUGUGUUUCCAAUCACUUUGGCUCAAGGACUUCCUUAUUUGGAAUCUGUUGAGAUAACUGAUUGUUCUCAACUAAAGCAGGUCUUCAAUAUGACAAAGGACAAGGGUGGACGUCCACUACAAGACAUUGUGCUACAGAGAUUGCAAUUUUUAAGGCUUAAAAAUUUAGAGAAGUUGAGUAGUUUUUGUCCAGAAAAUUUUGUCAUGUCAUUAUCUUUGAAGAUGUUCGAAGUUUUCAGUUGUCCCCAAUUAACUGAGUUUAAGACGUUGCAGGCCAAUUUAAAGGAUGUCAGAAUACUUGCCAUGGAUGGAAUCAUGUAUCACAAAAAUCUCAUUCCAAGCGUAGAUCCACAGGGACUAAAUGAAUUAACUUUUCUUACACUUAGAGAUGAUAAAGAGCUGGAAUGCUUGAUUGAUACAGCAGAUCAAGGCCAUGUCUCAACCGUUCCACUGCUGCCAAAUUUAACAAGUUUGAAGCUAAAGUCAUUACCAGAACUGAAGUGGAUAUGGAAAGGGCCAACCCAUCAUGUCUGCUUCCAAAGCCUCAAGGUUGCAGUAAUUAGUCGCUGCAAUAAAUUGAAAUAUCUCUUCUCACCAUCACUUGUUCAAAGCUUGGUGAUGCUAGAACAACUCAAGAUAGAAUACUGCGAUGAACUGGAACACAUUGCCACAGAGUUGGAAAUUGAUGAUAAUAUAGAAUCAGACAGUGGCCUUCUCCAUCCUCCGCCCUUGCCAAAAUUGACAUCUCUUGAAAUACAUGGUUGUCCAAGACUACAAUAUGUCUUCAAUGUGGCAAAAGAAAAUAAUGGAGUUGAUAAUGCCAUUCUGCCACCAUCAUUGGAGAAGUUAACCAUAGUGGUUUGUCCUCGAUUUGCAAAGUUCAUUAUUCAACAAGCAGUCCACAAAGGGCUUCAACUAAAGGUAAUUUUGUACUCCUUUCCUUACAUUAUGCUUUGA